AUGUCAUACAGUUCUGGGUCAAGUAAUCCGCGGGCACCCAGUGGCAACCGAGAUCCGGGUCGAAGUCGUGACAAAAGCAGAAACCUUUCAGGCUCCAAUAACCCAUUUAGCACGAGAGACGCAGAACGGAACCUAAAAGGACCCGCUCAGAGCUCAAUGUUCGGUCCAGGCCUGACAUCAAACAAAAACUCCUCGGUCGACUCUUAUAGCAGACGUCAUGAUCAGCAACGUGACUACUUUGGCUACAGAAACAACUAUGGCCGCAAGUCAGGAUUUGGCUCAAGUAAUCGUAAACGCGAAAGCUACGACAAAUACAGGCCUUCUAACAGGCGAAAGUCGAAUUCUAACAUUGAUACGAGCUCUUGGAGCGAACGGCGGCUGUCACAGGGCAAGGGAGGAACAACUUCAAGUCUAUUCAGCGAUAGAAGCCGAGAGCGGUCAGAGUACAGGCCAAGCAGAGACAAAGACGAUGGUAAUGCGCCGAGCAAGAUCGAUGAUAGGCGGCUGGGAAGUAGAUCGCAUGAUCGUGAGAUCGGAAGAGACCAGGGGCAUUCAAGAGACCACAAGGACAUUGGCAAGGGUAAGGAUAGGUACUCAGAAAAGCAGCGCUCGUCACACUCUCUGGAAUUACGGCGUUCACAAUCAGAGGCGUUUCUGUCCAACGAAAUUGUUUCGAGCCAACACAGAUUGUCUGAUCCUUCUCCGUCAGUAUUGCAAUCGCAACGACCAUCAGUGAAGGACGAUUCUGUGCUGAAAAGCGAUUCAAAGAUAGACCAAAGUGUUAUAAAGAAGGAGCACGCUUCACAUGUUUCAGAAAUUAAAAAUGAAAGACUUCUUCACUUGUUUGACGAUGAUGACGAGCCCAAUAAGCAGGACGUUGUCGAUGAGGAAAAGAGUUCCAUAAAAAACACAAAUUCCCUCAAAAGUAAGGAGACCAAUGAAAUAUCUGAGGAGAAAGGGAGUAUUUCUAGUGAAGCUAAUCAAAAUUUGAGCACAUCUCCACAUGAUGAGCGUCAUUAUGAUGAACACGACGAACAUGAAAACAGCGAACUUGAUUCAGAAGCAGAGACAGUCAUCACAAACGAACCUAUUUCUACUGACAAAGCUAAGAAGUAUCUUCGCAAAUCUGGACCAGAUAGUGAGCGCAGGCGCCUCAAGUCCAAAAUUAUUUACUCAGAUAAUGAGAGCGAUUCUGACGAUGCUUAUCCGCCAAAAUCGGUAGACGAUCUGAAAAGUUCCAGCUACUCUUCCACAUUAGAUAAUAGUGUGAGCCUCAAACCAAGAGAUAACUCUGAGAGCAACAAAACAUUGAACGCUAAGGAUCACGAGAAAUCGUCCAGUACCCCUGUUCCUGAUGCUGACCACGAAGAAUACUUCGAAGAUGAUUCCGAGAGGGUUAUUAAGCUGGAGAAGCAACACUUGUCCAGGACUGAAUCAACUCAAAGUUCAAAACCAUCUAAAUCGUAUAAGAUUAAAAGGGACUCAACUGGCAGAUCACUUCUUCAGAGAGCAUGCAAAAAAGGCGACCUUGAAGCCGUAAAGAACCUAAUAUCCAGAGGUGCAGAUGCCAAUGAAAGUGAUUUUGGUGGUUUCACCUGCUUACAUGAAGCUGCUUUAGCAGGCCAUACAGAGAUAGUGAAAUUCCUCAUAGAGAAUGGUGCUGAUGUCAAUAAGCAGGCCUUAGAAGCAGGCGACUCUGAAACGCCAUUGAUGGAUGCUGCAGAAAACAAACAUGUUGAAACUGUCAAGGUGUUGCUUGCCAAUGGCGCAGACCCUAAUAUUACUAACGUUGAUGGCUUUUCCGCAUUGACCAAACUUUAUCACCUACAGGCCGAGGAGGAAAAUUACGACGAGGUGAUCGGUUUGUUGAGUGCUGCAGCUAACAAGACGCUGAAUCCAACAGGGUUCUCUUUGUCUCCGAGAAAGAUCAUCGAAGAUCCCAACGAAGGAUAUUUCAAUGACUUGGUUAAAAAGAAAACACCACUGUCUACAAUCUACAAGUAUGUGGCACAGGGUCUCAAAGAAGCAGCAGCAGAGGAUUUCAUCCUUCACGGUUAUUCAUUGCUGAAGAAGCCCGAUAUAUUGAUUUUGGCAGCCCGUCAUGGUCACACCGAACUUGUUGACAUCCUCUUGGGCUUGAAUCCUGGAUCUUUCGAUAUUAAUAUGAAAAACAAGGUCGGCGUGUCGAUUCUUCUUGCAAGUGUUGGAAGAGGCAAUUAUGACGUUGUAAAGCUUCUUUUAUCAAGAGGGGCAAAUCCCCUGAUCAAAAGAGAUCAUGACAAUUUAAAUGCGCUUCAGAUUGCCAAGCAUUCUGCCCAGCACGAUCCCAGAGAGGUAUUCUUGAUUGAAAAACAUUUACAUGGCGAAACUGAGCUGAAAGCCCCAACUGAACCUCCUUCAAGUCCUACGCCCGACAAGGAAGCCGAGAAGGUGAAGUUGAAAAAUGAGGACGUAGAAAUGAAAGAACCAGAGGUAGAAGUUCCCCAUUCUCCUUCUCCUGUUCCAAAGAAAAGCCAUUCUAGAAGAGGGUCUGAAGACUCUCUGAACAAGAGAAGGAGGAAUCUGGAAGAUGAUUCAACGAAACUGUUGAAGAAGCGAAAGGGGGCCGUUGAAGCAGCGAUGGAGGAAUCGAGUUUGUCUGGCAAGGGGACAAAGGAGGUGGAAGAGAAGCUUUUGAAAUCACCCAGCGGUGAGGCUAAGGAGAAAACGCCUGACGCAGAUCAGAAGCCUAAAAUGAAUCGCACAGAAAGCCAGGCACCUCUUCAUUCAGUGCCAACAAAGGCGCAAGAGGAGCAAAGAUUAAAGGCGCAAGAGGAAGCCAAAAUUUGGCAAGAAAAAGUUCAAGCGAAGAAGAGGGCUCGAAGGGAAAUGUUCCUACAGGCUGAGAAGGAGAAGGAAAGAAAACGUAAAGAGGAAGAGGAAAGGAGACUUGAACAAGAAAAGUUAGCGAAGUUGAGAGCACAAGAGGAAGCGGAUAGGAAGGCGGAGGAGGCAGAGAGAAUUGCAAAAGAUCUUGAAAGCAAACGCAUUAAGUUGGAGAUCGAUCUUAUCAUGGCGAAGUAUCCAAUAGGGCUCAGGCAGUUCGUAUUUGGUCAAGCGUUGAGCAAUCAAGAAAGACUCAGGUACUGUCCUCUCUAUGUUUUUGAUAUUGCGAACAAGAAUUAUGUUAUCGACUUGCAAAUAUCGCUCUUACUCGCUACAUCGGUGUCAGACUUGCACAAACAUUGUCAGGAGAGCGGGUCGAACGAAAAGAAGUUGCUUGAUUCAGAAAGUAAAGCCAAGGUGUGGCCUCUUUUCUUCCCGAUGAUCGGUAUUGGCAGGAACCAAUCCGUCGAGCCGGAUGGGCGUCAGAAAUUCAUGGCACUUCAGCUUGCAUAUAUUCCCUACGAAGAUGCGGCAAGUUUUGUGAAGAAGAAAGAUCAACAGCUUCAUGAAGACGUGUGGGUGUCAAAGAGGGAAGCGAAGGUGAGCUUGGCGCACUUUCCAGUGCUAAGAGAUCGCUUCCAAGAGCCCGAGACACCACAGCACAAAAGGGACCACGAAAAACAUGACAGUCUCGGGUUUAUUCCUCCCAAGUGGAAGCUUCGCCAGGACGUGAUACGCACCAUCAAGUCAGCUCAGACUCCAUUGUGGUGA